AUGAAUGUUGCUGAUAGUCGAUUCAAUUUUCUUGUGAGACGUAAAAUAUCAGAUUUAAUGGAAAAAAAUAAUGGUCAAUUGGAUUACAAUCAUGAUUUUUGUUUUGAAAUGGAUGAAUUAAAUGCAUCUAAAAAACUUCGUCAUAUUGCUAGUGUUGCAUCUAUUUCAAGUGGUAUUCAGAUGACAGUUUCGACGACAUAUCCAUGUGUAUAUAUUAAUAUGGGUUCCUGGUUAAAUAAUCUUAACGGUAAAGCGAAUCAUGUUUAUAAUUGUUAUUCGGCUUUCACAUUACAAUGUCGUGGUUUAAGUGAUGCUAUAAAUCAAUCACAUUUUCCAACAAUUAUACUGCGACCAGAUGAACUGUAUCAACAUCUUACCGUUUAUCGAUUUGGAAUUGAUAAUGAAUAAUCUCUACGAUCAUCAUAAUUGAUCUCUUCGUUGUUUAUUUACCG